CCCAUACUUCAAAUUCAUAGUAUUUUAAUAUUCAACGAGGAUAUCUGUAAUAGUCAUGAGCGUCAGAUAUUUCUCGCCCAGGCCCCAAAUUGUGCCAAUAUUUCGUGUCCAUAACCAGACAUUUAUUCUGGUAAUUCACAGAGUCAUUUGAUGAGUUAAGUACAUGUAUCACGAAAAUAAGCCUACAUUCGCAGCAGUCCAUCUUCCGAGAGACAGUUACCCACGACCUGUAAAGACCGACCAUGGGCACACCGUACAGCGCGCUGCGCAACCCCGGGUCACCGACUGCAUACGGCCCGAACAAGACUGCGGUGUCCGCCGACAUUACCUACGCCGGCCUGGUCUAUGCGUUCUUCAUUUUGGCGGUCUCGUUCCUUGCCAUUUUGCCUGGGAUACGAAAGAGGAAUAGGAUCUACGCGGCCAUCAGAUUCUUCCUGGGUUUGUUCAUAGGAUUCACCAUACUAUUGUCGACUUACGGCCAGGACUGGGAGGUAGCUUCCUUGAAAAGCGUCACCACGGCUUACAAGGCGUUCACCAAGGAUGAGAUAGUGGCAGACAUCGGAGUCAACAUCGGACUGACCAAUGUCAACGUGACUCUGAAAAGCAUACCAGAAUACCCGGAGACAGGCGAGUUGAAAGGCGAGAGAAUCAACUUCAACGAACGGUUCACGUUCUGCUGCAACCAGGGCCGUAGAGGCUUUGGAACCUUCGCUGGUCGUAUCAACCGGGAGUUCCGUGACGCCCAAUGGAAGGGCCUACCGUAUCCUAUCCUAUGGAUCGUGGAGUAUUUCACCUUGGACGGAGAAGACAUUCGCUGGGGGAGGUCCUACAGAGUGGCCGGAUUCUACACUUUCAUGGUCAUGUGGACUGCGUUCUGCCUGUGGGUGCUAGCGCUGGCUUUUUCCUUCAUGGUGAUCCGGUACUGUGGCAUCUUCCUAGUCCUUACCGGUAGCUGUCUGCUAUCGUCCAACAUCAUCUACGCUACCGUACGCUACGGGUCGGAGUUGGUCAUACCUUUUAGCAAGGACCACGUGCUGGAGUUCUCCAAAGGAGGGUCUUUCUACCUGUGUCUGGUUGGAGGUAUCGUGUCGACCUUGGUCGGCAUCGCCAUCGUCAUCUUAGACGACAUCUACCCCUUCAAGAUGGCCGUGUUCUUCAACGUGGACCCUUUGCAGGACUUCCAGGACACCUUCGCCGUAACCACCUCAUCUCCUGCCGAGAACGUCCAGGGGAACACCGGGCCGCAGACCGGCAAGGACGGACGGCCGCUUUCGGUGCUGAACGAGGACCUACGUGUUGAGGCGCUGGCUGCAGAGGCCCUGGGGAAUAAAGAAUCGGAGGCCUACAAAGGAAACAUGUACAUCAAUGUCGCACAGAUGAAAGCCAGCUUCAAAUCCGGAAGGAAGAGCCUCUUCCAGAAGAAUAAACCAAGACGCAAGAAGAAGCCGGAAGGAGCGGGCAGCAGGAAUGAUGGGUUUGACCUGGGCGAAGUUGACACCGGAAAUACGUCUUUGCUACAGUCCGUGACCCCGGCACCAAUCAGCUUCAAAGCAAAGGGAAUGGGCGAGUCGACGACCGUUGAGGACACGGUAGCCACGGACCGCAACGCCGGCCUAAGCACGACGUCGAUCCGGAUGAGUGAAAUAGCUCUGAGGGACGACGUUGACUCUGAAGAUGUUGGGGAGAAAAAACAAGAUGACCCUAAGGAAGAAGCUUCUUAAAUCGGUCUUCUAUAGACCUUAUCUUUCGUUGGUAAACUUUUGAGCGCCAUUUUGUAUGGGCCGCCACAAGCGGAAGCCGUGGUUGGAGAUAGAUUUUUGCAACAAUUUGCUUGUUAGCACUUCAUUUUGUACGAAAGAUGUAUUUUAUUCAGUCUUUGGUAGCGUUGGUUAGUUAUUUUGUAUUUGCAACAAUCCAAUGAUAUGUUUGGAAACAUUUUGUAUAAUUCUUCUUUAUUUUUGCGACGUUGACCUUCCAUAGAUUGCCAACAACCCGUGGUUGGCAAGAAAUAUCAGUCUCCUGUGCUAUAUGAAAUUAAAGAGGGAUAGGCUAUUAAAACCACUUCGCGCCGGGUUUACUUUUGCGGAAAAUUUCGAUUUUCGCAAAAGGCAAAAUUUCCCAGCCAACUCUUCAGCCAGAUGCCACCAAUACUGAUUCGCAAGAGUCAUUUUAAUAGUAUUUGUACGAUAUUUUUUGCCGAAACCCAAUUAUGUUUCAAUACUCCGAGGUGUGCAUUGGAGCGUAAAAUUGUACAACAACAGGCCUAAUUCUAACAGCCCGCACGACGGUCGACACACGGUCACCACCCAGACUACACGGACUUUGUAUAAGGCACGAGGGAUUAGUGUGAGUAGACGUCACCCGAGGCAAUCUCGGCGUCUUAACCCGUCAGCCGUGCCUGUGUACAAAAACAGCCAGUGUGUGUUAUCACAGCCUCCGGCGCGAACUGGU